ACCACAUAUUUCAUUAAUAUUUAUUUAAAUCUGCUUUUACCCAACAAAGGCAUAAUAAAGAUUACAUAAAUGAUCCUAUAAAAUUAUUGGAAUUCCAAGGCACAGCUAGAGUUAAACACCCCCCACCCCUUCUCCGUUGAAUUUCCUCUGCUAAAAUACAAAUCUCAUAAUCCAAAACCUUUCUGCAUUUGAAUGGCACUCCCUGAAACCGAACAAGAAGCUGCUGAAACUCUCCCGGAUGCCUGGGACUACAAAGGCCGCCCCGCCCUAAAAUCCUCCUCUGGCGGCUGGGGUUGUGCCGCCAUGAUUUUAGGAGUCGAGGUUUGCGAGAGGUUGACAACCCUAGGAAUAGCUGUUAACCUGGUGACAUAUUUAACUGCUAACAUGCAUUUGGGCAAUGCUAGCUCUGCAAAUACAGUUACUAAUUUUCUUGGUACUUCUUUUAUGCUGUGUUUACUUGGUGGCUUUGUCGCGGAUACAUUUUUGGGAAGGUACUUGACUAUUGGCAUCUUCGCAACUGUUCAAGCAAUGGGAGUAACAAUCUUGACAAUCUCAACUAUAAUUCCAAGUCUUCGACCUCCAAAAUGUUCCCCGGGCAGAGAAUCGUGCAUCCCUGCUAGUGGAAUGCAACUAGUUGUUCUUUACAUAGCAUUGUAUCUAACCGCCCUAGGGACCGGAGGCCUAAAAUCGAGUGUUUCAGGUUUCGGGUCAGACCAAUUUGAGGAUUCGGACAAGAAAGAAAGAGAACAAAUGACCAAGUUCUUCAACUGGUUCUUCUUCUUCAUAAGCAUUGGAUCACUUGCUGCAGUGACAGUUCUUGUUUACGUUCAAGACAAUUUGGGGAGGGAAUGGGGUUAUGGAAUAUGUGCAUGUGCCAUUGUUUUUGGUAUAGUUGUGUUUUUGGCAGGCACAAGACGAUAUCGUUUCAAGAAACUUGUGGGAAGUCCUUUGACGCAGAUCGCCUCAGUGUUCGUGGCCGCAUGGAGGAAGAGACACAUCGAGCCGCCGUCCGAUCCUUCCCUUCUAUACAAUGUUGAUGAUAUUGAAGUGAAUAGCAAGAAGAAGAAGCAAAAAUUGAUGCACAGCAAAGAGUUCAGGUUCCUCGACAACGCAGCAAUCAAAGAUCCUGAAAUAUCUGUGGUGAGUAAGUGGUAUCUUUCAACUUUAACCGAUGUAGAAGAAGUCAAGUUGGUGGCUAGAAUGCUACCCGCAUGGGCCACAACAAUAAUGUUUUGGACUGUCUAUGCCCAAAUGACCACAUUCUCAGUGUCACAGGCCACCACAAUGGAUCGACACAUCGGAAAAUCGUUCCAAAUUCCGGCUGCCUCCCUAACUGUCUUCUUCGUCGGUAGCAUUCUCCUAACCGUCCCAAUUUACGAUCGCAUCAUUGUUCCAAUUUGCAGAAGGAUUAUAAAGAACCCUCACGGUCUCGCUCCAUUACAACGUAUAGGAGUCGGCCUAGUACUAUCGAUACUAGCCAUGGUUGCAGCUGCACUUACUGAAAUCAAGAGGCUAGACGUGGCGCGUAAACAUGGUUUAACGAAUGAUCCAAUGGCCAGGGUUCCGUUAAGUGUGUUCUGGUUGGUACCACAAUUCUUCUUGGUGGGGGCUGGUGAGGCAUUCACCUACAUUGGACAACUCGAUUUCUUCCUAAGAGAGUGUCCUAAGGGAAUGAAAACAAUGAGUACCGGGUUGUUUUUAAGCACACUUUCACUAGGGUUUUUCUUUAGUUCUAUUUUGGUUACUAUAGUACACAAAGUCACAGGUGACAAGAAGCCAUGGUUGGCUGACAACCUUAACCAAGGAAAGCUUUAUGACUUCUACUGGCUUUUGGCAAUUCUGAGUGUUCUGAAUUUCAUAAUAUAUAUGGUUAGUGCAAAAGGGUAUGUGUACAAGGAGAAAAGGCUUGCUGAAGAGGGGAUUGAAUUGGAAGAAACAGAUGGACCAAGCUGCCAUUAGUUGCAGUUUUCGUGUCUAGUAUCAUUAUGUGUGGUGAUUUUCAGCUCAAAUUACAGGGUUUACAACUUUUUUUGUUGUGUACCUUGAAUUUGUAACUUCGCGCACACUCUGUAGUUGUGCACAUUCUGUCCUCGACAAUAACUAAAUUACUUUCUCGUUAAUUACAGUUGAAUUUGUCCUCUCAUUGCUACUAUAGUUUAAUUUUCAGGAAC